AAACGCCUCCCCAAAAUCUCUAGGGUUUUAUUUUCACCAAAAAAAAAAAUUCAAUUUCAUUUCAUUGUUGAUACAGAGAUUUUCUCACAAAUUGUUCCAUCUCUAAUGGAAGAAGCAAAGGAAAGAGAGAAACUGACACUUGUGACCCGAAAAUCCUGUUUCGGACUACCCACUUCUUGCCCUAACUGUUUACCGGCUUACGUUUACCUCAAAUUCUCCGGAACUCCAUUUGAUUUGGAUUUCAAUCUCAUUAACCCUGAUUCUGAUCAAAUACCUUAUGUCGAAUCUGGUAGAUACGUAGCCUACAACAAUGAGAAGGGUGGAGUUAUCCGCAGUUUAAGCGAAGAUGGUUUCGUUGAUUUGGACUCUCAAGUCCGUGGUAUACCUGAAUGGAUAUCAGCAAAGGCUAUGGUUGAUUCAUGGCUUGCAGAUGCCAUUAUUUAUGAACUUUGGGUGGGUUCUGACAGAACUUCUGCACACAAGAUUUACUAUUCAGAUCUCCCGUGGCCACUUGGAAAAAUCUUGUACUUAAAGCAAGUUCAUGUUGUGAAACAAAUUCUUGGUAUUACGAAAGAAAAUGCUGAAAGAAGAGAGGAAGAGAUUUACAGGAAUGCCAAUGAUGCCUUUAGUGCUUUAUCAACUAGAUUAGGGGAGCAGGCCUAUUUCUUUGACAACAGGCCGACAAGUUUGGAUGCAGUUUUCCUCGGACAUGCACUUUUUACACUGUAUGCAUUGCCUGAAACUUCAGUGCUCCGAAGCAAGCUAUUGGAACAUGAUAAUCUUGUAAGAUACACUGAGAAGUAUAAAAGUGAACUGAUAGAUUCUAGCGGAUCAUCAUCUUCCGGUACACAAUCCCAGAGUGAUCCUUCUUCAUCCAUGCCAAGGCGUCCUUCACAAUGGAGUUCGAAACCCAAAAGCAAGCCUAAGAGGGAAAAAACUGAGGAAGAGAAAAAGUUCCGUAGAAGGGCUAAAUAUUUUCUGGUCACUCAACUAGUUGCAGUUUUAGUUUUCCUCUCUCUUCUUGGAGGAUCUGAUGCUGCUGAAGUGGAGCUUGAUGAAGAUGAUGAUAGUGCAGAUUAUGAUUGAGCAGUGGGCGUGGGUGCCUUGAUUUUCACUGUUGAGAGUAGUUUAGACUCGAGACUCUUGAUGCACGUUAGUAGUAUCCCUCUUUAUAAUCUGGAAAAUUUUGAAUUCUUCCUGGUGUACAAAUUGCUGCCAUGAAUUAUGGUAUCACUGUAGAAUAAAUUGUUUUUCUUCAUAAAUCGUGGUCUGAGUUGCCCCCUUCAGAAAAAUAGGGCAACGAACAAAUACGAGAGAUGAAAAUUACAGUUUCUUUUUACUUUUUAUGAUUUGCUAUAAUUUUUUGUUUCAACUUCA